AGCUAGCCGGCCCAUCGAGUUUCAUUUGAGCUAAAAACCUGCAGCCAAGCGCAAAUCUCCUUCGUAUUAUUUUACGCAUUUCCUCCCCCAAGUUUCCGAAACGCCAUCAAUCUGUGUCAUUUACUGAAUUUUUGUGCCGCUUUAUCAAGGAAUUUUUACGGGAAGUUCGACAUCGCCCAAAUUUUACUCUGCAUGCUGUUGAAAUAUGUCGGCCUCAACUGGGUUGAUUUACGAGGGCGAACUCGGUUGUGUAUCAUCAAUGGUUUGAUGCUCUUGCCGGCUUAUCAAGCCAGCUAGUAUGGCCUCAGAAUUGGCUCCUAGCCCCAGUGAAACAGCGUGCUUAAACCAAGACAAGAACAGGUCGCCUUCGGUUGAUGAACUACUUGCCAAGCUGGAGGAGCAAAAUAGAAUUCUUGCCUCAGAUUCUCGCGCCCAGACUGCUAUCCCGGACACACCUAAGCGAUGGUCCACCGCGAGUGGCUCCCUCCCUCCAGACACGCCGGAGAACUAUGACGAGGUGUGUGACGAAGGGGAUGUGUACCACGAGUGGGGACAACUGAUGGGCAAUUGGGAUGACGCGGUGCGCAAGAAACCAAAGAACGUACGGGAUAUGGUCCGUAAGGGAAUACCUAAUGCGUUACGGGGGCUCGUCUGGCAGCUGCUUUGUGGGUCCCGGGACAUGCCUCUCAAGGAUGAGUACCCUAAAUUAAUCAAGGCGAAUUCCGCAUGCGAAAGAAUGAUCAAGAGAGACAUCGCGCGGACAUUUCCUGAUCAUUCGUUCUUCAAAGACAAGGACGGCAUUGGGCAGGGGACGCUAUUUAAUGUCAUCAAGGCGUAUUCUAUAUACGAUAAGGAGGUGGGCUAUUGCCAAGGGAGUGCUUUUAUCGUUGGUCUUUUGUUAAUGCAGAUGCCUGAGGAGGAAGCAUUCUGUGUGUUUGUCAAGCUGAUGCAAGACUACCGAAUGCGUGAGAUCUUCAAGCCCACCAUGGCGGAGCUCGGCUUGUGCAUGUUCCAGCUUGAGAACCUCCUUCAGGAGAGCCUACCAGAGCUCUAUGCUCACUUCCAAGCUCAGGGUUUCCACACGGCCAUGUAUGCCUCGUCUUGGUUCUUGACCCUUUUCGCCUCUGUCUUCCCGCUUAAUGCAGCCUUUCGCGUCAUGGACAUGUUUAUAUCUGAGGGUCGCGAUGGCCUGUUUCGUAUAAUUUUCGCCAUCCUGUCGAUGGGACAGGAGGAGCUUCUUGAGAGGGACAUGGAGGGCAUGUUAAAGUAUUUCCAGAAAGAGAUGCCAGAUUUGUAUGAGAAGGACAUGGACCCUGUGAUGAAGAUCGCCUCGGAGUACAAAUUCAACUCCAAGAAAAUGAAAAGGUUAGAAAAAGAAUACACUAGAGUGAAACACAAAGAAGCUGAAGACAACGAAGAGAUCCGCAGAUUGAAGACAGAAAACAGACUUUUAAUUCAACGAGUCGACGAGUUAGAACAGGAAUCACUGAAUUUGGCGGACAGAUUAAUACAGGGCCAAGUGACCCGUGCACAGGAGCAAGAAGAAUUAUACGCCCUAAAACGUGAGCUGGCAAUCACAAAACGCCACGACAAAGAUAUUACAGCGGCGCUACGAGAGGCAAACAAACGAAUAGAGGAACUGAACAUGUUUAAGAAUCACAUUGUCAGCGAGUUGUCACAGCGUGAGGCGGACACACCCGUAAGUGCACGUGACAUGAAGCUGAUAGCAAUGCAGGCUGAACUUGAGGAGUGCAGGCUCAGAGAGGUCAAGUCAAACCAGAUGGUAGAUGAACUUGCCUCAACAGUACAAAGACUAGAAGACAAGUUGCAUGAGAUUAAAGAAGAAAAGAAUCCCCCGGCUGUGUGUUACCCGCAAGUCACCUUUACUGGCGCUGAGGACGGAUAAUCCGACUUUCCCAAUUAUUGUAUAGAAUUUGUAAUUAAUAUAUAAUUGGUAUGAAUUAUUAUUGCUAUUAAAGUUUUAUUUGACAAUUUUCAA